CAACAAGAAGAUCGAGAGACGAGCUCAGGCAAUUGCUUUGAGCAUGAGGAGUGUGGGGCCUACCAGCGUCGUCUGAGGAGCGCGCGUCACGUGAGUGUUGGGUAGUGCGUAAUAAAAGUGCAAGUGAACGGUUUAAACAUUAUGAUGUGCGUAUAAGGAAAUUUAGUUCUUACGGUAAAACUUACCUACUCGUAAUAUUAACGAAUUACAUUUAAAUUGAAUUGUUACCUAUGGCUAAAUUCACUACUCGUAAUAUUAUUAAUUAUAUUUUACUAAAUGGCGGAAAGCCUUUCUGUAUUAUGCAAUGAACUUAAAACUAUACGCACUUACCUGUGUAAAAUUGGCCCUGACCGUAGACAAGGUGAAAUACUUACUAUAAAGUUAGAGGAGGCUAAUCUUAUUGUGGAUAAAUAUAAAAAAAUAAAUAACGAAGUGUCAGAACUCUUAAAAAAAGGGUUAUUGCCAAAUGAGGAGGUAACUUUAUUUAAUAAAUUGUGCACGACUUUUAAUACACUUCAUAAGGAAAUUUUGAAUUAUUGUCAGGGAAGUAAAGACACAAGUGACACAAUGGGGGAGUCAUUCGAAUUAAAAACGGCCUUGAACUUGUUGCAUGUAAUGACCGAUGAAGAAACUAAUACAAAACAGCUCAUCGACGGCAUUGAGUAUUACAGCACUAUUUUAAAGAGUGACGACCAAAAUAAACUUAUACAGUUCGUUUUGAAAAGCAGGCUAUCGCAGUCGGCCAAGUUAAAAUUAAAAUCCGAUUAUGAUACAUCAAUCGAAUUGAUUCAGGACAUGAGGAAAGUUUUACUACCAAAAAAAUCUGCGACUGCUAUUCAGAGCAAGCUGCAAACUAUUAAGCAGAAUAAUCGAAGUGUAAAAGAUUUUGGGUCCGAAAUUGCAGAGUUAUUUGUAGAUUUGACUAUUUCACAGGCCGAUGGUAAUUCUGACAGUUUCAAGGUUCUUAAGCCCUUGAACGAAAAAUUGGCGAUCAAAAAGUUCGCCGACGGUUUACGAAACCGCCGAUUAAGUACUGUUAUUGCAGCAAGGAAUUUUGAGUCGCUAAAGGAUGCGAUACAGGCAGCUCAAGAGGAGGAUGACUUCACCGCCGGCUCGACUUCAGGUGAAAUCCUAGGUAUGUCGCCACAAUUUUUAACACGUGGACAACCAUCUAAGGGGCCGUACCCCGGACAGUGGGAGUUUUAUAAUAGUAGUCGAGGACCAAGUCAACAAUUCUACCCCCGAGGCGGCCGCGGCGCACAGUACAGUUACGGUCACCGCGGCGGCGGGGCUGCCACCUAUCGUAGCAGCAACCGAGGCAACUCCAGGGGCAUGCGAGGGCGACAGUCAGGUAAUUAUUCCAACAGGAAUAGUAGUCAGUGGAACCGUCCGAGCAUGAAAAUGAUGACUCAAACUGAUACAGUUCCCCCGAACGCCCCUUUUAUGAAUGACCCCGGACUGUUCUCUCCAAGGUCAAGCGCAUGCAGCAGCCCAGUGCCAGUAGCUUUGCCUGAAAGGCAAAGUAUAUUAAUUCUAGGACCAAAUGGAACUCUUGAGGGUACUCCAUUAGAGAUCAGACCAAGUGUACAGCCCACUAUACAACAGAUCACACCUGUGCAACCACCUACGAUACCGGCCACACCUGUGCAGCCUCCACAGCCUCCACAGGCGUUGCAAGAUUAUAAUAGGGAAGGAUACUUCGAACCAAAGAAGCCAGGUGAGCAGUUAGGUCACGAGAUGGACCUGAUGAUGAACUUUGAAGAAGUGCAAGGGAACUCGGUGAUGGUUUGUGAUAAACACAUGUUGUGUGGCUUUGUUAGAAUCCUCUAG